AUGUCAUCUAUCAAGCACUUAGUUUAUGCAGUUAUUCGUUUCUUACGGGAACAAAGUCAGAUGGAUGCUUAUACCUCGGAUGAACAAGAAAGUUUGGAAGUUGCAAUUCAGUGCUUGGAGACAGUUUUUAAAAUCAGCCCAGAAGAUACUCAUCUUGCAGUUUCACAGCCUUUGACAGAAAUGUUCAGCAAUUCCUUCUGUAAGAAUGAUAUUUUGCCUCUCUCAAACUCAGUGCCUGAAGACGUGGGAAAAGCUGACCAAUUAAAAGAUGAAGGCAAUAACCACAUGAAAGAAGAAAAUUAUGCUGCUGCCGUGGAUUGUUACACACAGGCCAUAGAACUGGAUCCAAAUAAUGCAGUUUAUUAUUGCAACAGGGCUGCUGCUCAGAGUAAAUUAGGUCACUACACAGAUGCAAUAAAGGAUUGUGAGAAGGCAAUAGCAAUCGAUUCAAAGUACAGCAAGGCCUAUGGGAGAAUGGGACUGGCCCUCACUGCCAUAAAUAAAUUCGAAGAAGCAGUUACAAGUUAUCAAAAGGCAUUAGAUCUUGACCCUGAAAAUGAUUCUUACAAGUCAAAUCUGAAAAUAGCAGAACAGAAGUUAAGAGAGGUAUCUAGUCCUACAGGAACUGGAUUGAGCUUUGACAUGGCUAGCUUAAUAAAUAAUCCAGCCUUCAUUAGUAUGGCAGCAAGUUUAAUGCAGAAUCCUCAAGUUCAGCAGCUAAUGUCAGGAAUGAUGACAAAUGCCAUUGGGGGACCUGCUGCUGGAGUUGGAGGCCUAACUGACCUGUCUAGCCUCAUCCAAGCGGGACAGCAGUUUGCUCAGCAGAUACAGCAACAGAAUCCUGAACUUAUAGAGCAACUUAGAAAUCACAUCCGGAGCAGAUCAUUCAGCAGCAGUACUGAAGAACAUUCCUGA